CGUCUCGCUGGCGAGGACGCACGCCCCGCGGCGGCGGACGAGGCAAGAUGGCGGCGCCCACGGAGGUGGCCGUGUGUACGGACUCGGCCGCCCCGCUGUGGAGCUGCGUCGUGUGGGAGCUGCACUCGGGCGCCAAUCUGCUCACGUACCGCGGCGGCCAGGCCGGGCCUCGCGGCCUGGCGCUGCUCAACGGCGAGUACCUGCUGGCGGCGCAGCUGGGCAAGAACUACAUCAGCGCCUGGGAGCUGCAGAGGAAGGACCAGCUUCAACAGAAGAUCAUGUGUCCUGGGCCGGUCACCUGUCUCACCACAUCGCCCACUGGUCUCUACGUCCUGGCAGGGAUCGCAGAGAGCAUAUACCUGUGGGAGGUGUCCACGGGGAACCUGCUGGUCAUCCUGAGCCGCCACUACCAGGACGUGUCGUGCAUACAGUUCACGGGGGACGGCAGCCACUUCGUCUCGGGGGGCAGGGACUGCCUGGCGCUGGCCUGGAGCCUCUGCAGUGUGCUGCAGGCAGACCCCUCCCGGACACCCACCCCCCGGCACGUCUGGUCUCGCCACACUCUCCCCAUCACAGACCUGCACUGCGGCUUUGGGGGGCCCCUGGCCCGGGUGGCCACCGCCUCGCUGGACCAGACAGUGAAGCUAUGGGAGGUGUCUUCGGGCGAGCUGCUUCUGUCUGUGCUCUUUGACGUGGGCAUCAUGGCUGUGACCAUGGACUUGGCUGAGCAUCGCAUGUUCUGCGGCGGCAGCGACGGCUCCAUCUUCCAGGUCGACCUCUGCACUUGGCCCGGGCAGAGAGAGGCGAGCUUCCAGCCGGAGCAGGACCACGGGAAGGUCUUCAGGGGGCACAGGAACCAGGUGACCUGCCUGUCGGUGUCCACGGACGGCAGCGUGCUGCUCUCGGGCUCGCACGACGAGACAGUGCGCCUGUGGGACGUGCAGAGCCAGCAGUGCCUGCGGACGGUGACCCUCAGAGGCCCCGUGACCAACGCGAGCAUCGUGCUGGCGCCCGUGGGCAUGCUGAGCUCGGACUUCAGGCCCAGCCUGCCCCUGCCGCGCUUCAACAGGCACCUGCUGGGCGCCGAGCUCGGGGACGAGCCGCAGCGCGGGGGCCUCACGCUGCGCCUGGGCCUCCACCAGCAGGGGUCUGAGCCCAGCUACCUGGAGCGGGCGGAGCAGCUGCACGGCGUGAUGUGCAGCACGUUGGAGAAGAGCGUGCUGGGCGGCCAGGACCAGCUGCGGGUCCGCGUGACGGAGCUGGAGGACGAGGUGCGCAACCUGCGCAAGAUCAACCGCGACCUCUUCGACUUCUCCACGCGCAUCAUCACGCGGCCGGCGAAGUGAGCGCCGCCCGGCCCUGCCCGCCCGCCCCCGGCUCCCACCGCAGAGCCCGCAGCCCGGGCCGCGCCCCUCUUCUGCCGGGUCCUGUCCGCGGGGUGUGCAUUCCCACCGGGCGUCGUGGACCCAUGGGGACCUGCUGUCCUGCCGUGUCACGUGGGUGCUGUGCUGUUUCCAAUAAGAGACCUGAAAUCCUGCCUCUCGGCCUCCUUGUGC